AAUUGUUUUGUAUUUUUUAAUUUAUUAACAUUUUUAACAAUAAUUGUUAAUGAAAUCAGUUGUACGGAUGACAGUAGUAGUGAUAGCAAUGAUUUAGUAAGUGUUAGGUUAAGUAAAGGUGUGGUCAAUGGUCUACGAGAUAGCUAUGAUGGCCACGAUUUGGAUGUAUAUCUGGGUAUACAUAUGCACAGCCACCGGUAGGUAGGCUACGAUUUCGUCGACCGUUACCACUGGACGACAAACCGUGGACUGAACCCUAUGAUGCCCGACAUUGGGCACCGGCAUGUCAUCAUCAGCACUAUCAUGCAGACUAUAACAACGUAUCGCAUAGCGAGGACUGUCUGUAUUUGAAUAUAUGGUCACCGACUAGUAGUACUACCCGACGACAAACUGGUCAGUUAAAGGCAGUCAUGUUUUGGAUACACAGCGGCGGUCUGAUGUGGGGAACGGCUGCCGACGAGUUCUACAACGGGAAAGUCCUGUCAAUACUGGGCGACGUAGUGGUCGUUACCAUUAACUAUCGGCUGAAUACAUUCGGGUUGCUAUACACUGGCCGGGAUGGCCAGGCUCAGGGUAAUCAAGCACUAUGGGAUCAGUCGCUGGCCAUGGAAUGGGUUCAGGACAAUAUCCGAUAUUUUGGUGGCGAUCCCCAGAGGGUAACCAUAUUUGGCGAAAGUGCCGGUGCCUAUGCCGUAUCCUUGCAUAUAGUAUCCCCUGUUAGUCGACACUUGUUUCGUAACGCUAUACUAAUGUCGGGCGGUGUCGGUACCCGACGUGAACUAAUGAUAUCCCCGGAAUAUGCUGUACAGGUAUGGGCCAAACUCGCAGCUGAGGUAGGUUGUGGGGACAGUCAUAUUCGACCCGAUCAACCAGAUAGCUUAUGGUUUAGCCAGAAAAUGUUGGAUUGUUUGAUGUCGAAACCGGCCCRUGAAUUGAUAGGUAUGAUUCAGCUAUGGAAAGAUACCAGUGCCGGUAUGUUUAUCGUACAGGAUGGCCAGAUGAUGCCUCGGGAGUAUUUCAAAAUGUUAGAAUCGGGUGAUUUCAAACAGGGUUUGAAUCUAUUGUUUGGUACCGUCCAGGAUGAGGGUAGUGUUAUGCUACCCCUGUUCAAUAGCACCCGAUUCAAUCUACUGGCGCCCGAACCGCUUGAUUACCAUAGUGUACGCCAUGAGUUCAGGCAGAUAUUGCAUAGGUUUCGAGUGGACAGUGAUUAUGUCGACCAGAUUGUUGACUAUUAUUUUACUGGACUAUCCCAGGAGUCCAGUAGUAGCGAUCAGUUUCGUCAACAGUUGGCCGUUGCUGUCGGCGAUAUGGUUAUCGGUUGCGAUACUAUAAUAUUUGGACAGUAUAUUCAACGUGGCGAUCCCGGUGGUGCCCAGGUCUAUCAAUACUAUUAUAAUAUGAAACUGGGUCAGCCUAAAAUGUUUUGUAGCCGAUGGUCGGGUGCCUGUCAUUUCGAUGAUAUAUACUAUCUGUUUGGCAAUCCAUUUAUCAAACCGGACAGUUAUCUGGAUGAGGAACGUCUACUAUCCAGACAUAUGAUUGACGUUUUUAGCACAUUUGCCAAAUCGGAUAGACCUUCCCGACAAUCGGGUGCCCAAUGGCCAGCCCACUAUCAGAUUGGCGAUACACUAGUCAAACCUUACUAUGAAUUUAGUAAUUAUCAGAAAUUUCCCUCAAAUUUUGGCCACAAUUUAAAACAUAUUGAAUGUAAUGAGUUUUGGAAACGCUUUUAA